AUGAUUGAUGCGCUGAACAAAUUCUCAUGGGCAGUAGGGAUGAAAAAUAAGAGCGGAAAAGAGACAGCUAACGUCAUUGCCGAGAUAAUUCGGAAGAGCGGAAGAUGUCCACGCAACUUGCAAACGGAUAUGGGCAAAGAGUUUUACAACGCCGAUGUGCAGAAACUCUUGAGGAAACACCACAUUAAUCAUUAUUCCACAACUUUGAAAGAUAAGAUGUGGAACAUGUUUAUGUUGCAAGGAUCUUACAAGUGGGUCGACGAGCUGCCGCGUCUGGUUUCCGAAUACAACGACACGCUGCAUAGAACGAUAGGCAUGCGACCUGUGGAUGUAACGCCGGAGUCGGCUAAAAAGCUGUUGGACACCGUGUAUAGUAACAUUAAGAUCGCUGUUCCUGCAAAGUUCAAGGUCGGAGCUAAGGGAAAAGCGGCACGCCUAAGGGCGCUCGCUCGGGCAACGGAUUGGGAGGGACAAGGUCCUUGUCCUCUCCCAACCUAG